AUGCAGGGACCCCGCGAGGCGCGGGACCUCACCUUCAGCCCGUGGGAUUACGGGGUGUUCGCGCUGAUGCUGCUCAUCUCCACGGCCAUCGGGCUCUUCCACGGGCUGGCCAAGGGCGGCCAGAAAACCUCGGAGGAUUUUUUCACGGGCGGCCGGAGGAUGUCGGCGCUGCCCGUGGGGCUCUCGCUGUCCGCCAGUUUCAUGUCGGCCGUGCAGGUUUUGGGGGUGCCGGCCGAGGCUUUCCGCUACGGGGCCAAAUUCCUGUGGAUGUGCGGGGCGCAGCUCAUCAACAGCGCGCUCACGGCGCAGCUCUUCCUGCCCGUCUUCUACCCUGGGCUCACCAGCACCUACGAGUACCUGGAGCGGCGCUUCAGCCGGAGUGUGAGGCUGUGCGGGACCGUGCAGAACGUGCUGGCCACGAUGCUCUACACCGGGAUCGUCAUCUACGCGCCCGCUCUGAUCCUGAACCAAGGGUUGUGGGGGUUUUUGGGGUCCCGUGACCCCCCGGCCCCGCAGUACAUGCCCUACCUGGUGCUGGACAUCUUCGAGGGCACGCCGGGGGUGCCGGGGCUGUUCCUGGCCUGCGCCUACAGCGGGACCCUGAGCACGGCCUCCACCUCCAUCAACGCCAUGGCCGCCGUCACCGUCGAGGACCUGCUGAGGCCGCGGCUGCCGGCGCUGUCCCCGAGGAGGCUGACGCUCAUCUCCAAGGGGCUCUCUCUCACCUACGGCACCUCGUGCAUCACCGUGGCCGCUCUGUCCUCGCUGCUGGGAGGGGGGGUCCUGCAGGGCUCGUUCACGGUGAUGGGGGUGAUGAGCGGGCCCCUGCUGGGCGCCUUCGUCCUGGGGAUGUUCCUGCCCCGCUGCGGCACCGCCGGGGUGCUGGUGGCUCUGGCCCUGGGUCUGUCACUGUCCCUGUGGGUGGCCGUUGGUGCCACCCUGUACCCGCCCAGCGCGGCCACCAUGGGGGUGCUGCCAACCUCGGGGGCGCUGUGUCCCCCCCGCAACGUCACCAGUGCCACCAGUGUCACCAGUGCCACCAGUGUCACCAGCGUCACCAGUGUCACCAGUGUCACCAGUGUCACCAGCGCCACCCACAGCACCGCGCCGGCCCCGGAGCCACUGCGCCCGGCUGUCCUGGGUGAGCUGUACUCCGUGUCCUACCUGUACUACGGAGCCCUGGGGACCCUGGGGACACUGGGGACAGGCGUCCUGCUCAGCCUCCUGCCAGGGCAGAGCCGCUGUCCCCAGGGCGUGCUGUGGUGGGACAUUGUCAGGGCCCCGGCUGUCCCCAAGGGUGACAACAGCCGCGGGGACCGGGCCCUGGACACGGCCACCGUCACCCGGGAGCUGCUGGAGCGGCCGGACGGGGAGGGGACACCCCGGUGUGACCCCCCCGAGGGUGGCACUGUCACCGAGAGCGACGUGUAG